GAGAUGUCAUACUGUCGGUAGUGAUGGUGAUCGUGAAUACCUUAUUGGAAACACUAAUUCUCAUUUCUUUUUUAGCGAUGGCAGACGUUAUGUUGGCCGAAAAGCGACCUAAGAUCACCAAUGGACUCACCCACCCACAUGCUGUAUUGAAGUUUGUUAAGCUAUCGGAACAUGCAACCACUCCCACAAGAGGGUCUCCACUAGCUGCUGGUUAUGACCUCUAUGCUGCACACGAUACUGUACUUCCUGCCAAAGAUAGAGGAUUGGUGAAGACAGACAUUCAGAUUGCACUUCCUGAUGGUUGUUACGGUCGGGUAGCUCCCCGUAGUGGCCUGGCUCUCAAGCACGGCAUCGAUGUUGGUGCUGGUGUGGUCGAUCAAGACUAUCGUGGUAAUGUUGGAGUUGUCCUGUUCAAUUUCGGCAACGAGGACUUUCAGGAGACUGUGUUCGUCGGACCUCUACCCAUGGACCAACCUGGUGAGCAUCGUGCGGACACUCCCCAGUAUAGCUCAAUGGGUCGACGAGGUACACAAACCGCCGCACCAAGGUGCCACGGAGCUCCUCCUUCGGAUGGCCCCCCAUCCGCACUGUUCGAAGAUUGGGAAGAAGUCCUUAGUCGGACGAUGUCUGAUCUGUUCGUCUGUAUUUGGAAAAAGACGGUUCCAAACGCUGUAGAGAGCUCACGAUAG